AUGAUGAGUAACAGCAGCCACAGGGGCCCCAACAGGGGGCCCCCGGGGGCCCCUGCGGGGGGCCCCCCCAAGAGUUCUUCUGGGGCCUCUGGGGGCCCCCCCGGGGGCCCCCUUGGGGGCCCGUCUCGGGGCCCCUCUGGGGGCCCCCCUAGGCGCUCUUCGGGGGCCUCCGAAGGCCCCUCUAAUGGCCCACUUAGGGGCCCCUCUCAGCCUUCGGGGGGCCCUUUGGGGCCCCCUGAGGAGACCUUUGGGGCCCCCAAGGGGGGCCCCCCAAAGGGCCCCCAUGGGUCUUCUCAAGUCCCUCAUCUGAACCCUUUUGAGGCCCCCUGGAGCCGCAGCAGCUCCUUCGACCCGCCUGCCUGGGGCCCCCCUGAGUGCCCCUCACCAGGGGCCCCCCAGGGGGCCCCCCCGGGGGCCCCCCAGGGGCCCCCAGAGGGGCCCCCCGGGGGCCCCCAGCGAGCACUUGUGGGGCGACUUGAACGAAGAGGCGCUGGAGCUGGGGGUGAUGGCCCCCCUUUCCGUGGCCUUUGCACUGCCCCCCCCCCAGCCCCGCCUAAUGGCCCCUGGGGUCACCUGGGACCUCCCAGUCACUUUCAGGCCCCGGGGGGGGGGCCCCCUCGAGGAGUUUCUCCACUUCUUUGUGGCCCAAAGUCCCCUCAGGGGCCCCCUGGGGGCCCCCCAGGGGGGCCCUCAGGAGGCCUUUCGGGGGGCCCCUCUGGGGGGCCCUCAGGGGGCCCCUCGGGGGGCCCCUCAGGGGGCCCCUCGGGGGGCCCCUCAGGGGGCCCCUCGGGGGGCCCCUCGGGGGGCCCCUCAGGGGGCCCUGUGGGGGCCUCCUUUAGGGUACUUUUGAGGGCCCUCAAGAGGGGCCCCUCUCUCGUUGUGCCGCAGCAGCUGCUGCUGGGCGCUGUGGCUGUUGGCAGCAAAAAAGAGCUCAAAUUCUUGGUGCAGGCCUGCGCAGCAGCAGCAGCGCCAGCAGCAGCAGCAGCAGCAGCAGCAGCAGCAGCAGCAGCAGCAGCAGGGCCCCUCUGGGUCCAGUGGAGAACCAGGGGCCCCUUCUCCAUCUCUCCUGCUGCCAGCAAAAUAAACCCGGGGGCCCCCCUGGCCUUUACUGUCUCCUUUAGGCCCAAGUUUAGCGGCAGCUACAGAGCCACGGCCAUUUGCGACCUCUGGGAGGGGCCCCCCCCUGCUGCUGCUGCUGCUGCUGCUGCUGCUGCUGCUGCAGCGGGAGAGGCUUCUGCUGCGGCCGCGGGGGAGGGCUCUGCAGCAGCAGCAGCAGCUGCUGCUGCUGCUGCUGCUGCUGCUGGUGAUACUCCUCUUUCGAGGCUGUCGCUCGUUGCUGAGAAGGGCCCCGGGACCCCAACUGCAGCAGCAGCAGCAGCAGCAGCAGCAGCAGCAGCAGCAGCAGCAGCAGCUGGGGGCCCCAUAAAGAGCUACGAAGUGGAGAUUAAAGGCGCUGGCAGGGCGCCGCUGCUGCUGCUCGGCAGCAAGCAGCAGCAGCAGCAGCAGCAGCAGCAGCAGCAGCUAAAACUCAAGGGGCUGCUGCCAGGCCUCAGCCAAACCCACACGCUGCAGCUCACCAACGCCUCGGACGUCCUCGCCCACUUCACCAUUGAACCUGAAAGGAGGGACGCUGCUGCUGCUGCUGUUGCUGUUGCUGCUGCUGCUGCUGCGGUGCCGCCCUUUGGCUCUGUCCCUUUGACUAUUAAAGUGUCUCCUGCAGCAGGAGUUGUUGCUGCUGCUGCUGCUGCUCCCGUGUCUCUUUCUGUGUCUCUUGCUGCUCCUUGCUGCUUCUACUACAGACUAGUUUGCCUAGUCAAGGGCGCGCAGCAGCCGCUGCUGCUGCAUGCAGCAGCAACUCGAACUUCCGGAGACUCAAACCCCGUCAGAAUUCAGCAGGGACACGUGCACCUCCAGCAGUGGAGGCUCUUUGGCCCAAAACCCCUAGAGCCAGGGGAGUUCAAAUGUGAUGCCACGGGAGUGCCUGUGGAAGUCCCUCUUCCUCAUAUCUCUUCUGCUGCGCUGCUGCUGGAUGCCACAGCAGUAAACCCCAAAGAAAAAAGGUUUACUUUCUUCGGAAACCUGGAGGAGGGUUUGAAAAGCCUCACAGCAGAAGCCCUCGUUUAUGACUCGCGGCUGAGGGCCCACCAGUCUGUAGACCCCAGUGCUGUUUUGCUGCCGCAGGUGCUGCAGCUGCGGCUGCUGCAGCAGCAGCAGCAGCAGCAGCCGCAGCAGCAGCAGCAGCAGCAGCAGCUGCAGCAGCAGCAGCAGGCACUAGGUGCAGCAGCAGCUGCUGCUGCUGCUGCACCUGCAGAUACACUCCAAGACACAGAGCCAGCUAUCAGCCUCAUCCCAAGCACCAUCAGACUGCAGCCGUGCGCUAUUGGCCAAGUGUCGUGGCAGAUAGUGCAGCUGCUGAACAAAGGAGACACUUUGAUUUGGCCCAGCUUUGCGCGUAUUCCCCCCGGAGGGUUUCACUUGUUUGUGGUGCUGCACGCGCCCA